AUCCAUCUGACCUUAUCUUCCCAAACAAAUCACAUCCAAGCAAAACUAAUCAAGGAACCUAGAGCGUCUGGUGUCUCUGUCGCCCAUGUCGAAGCACACAGCAAGGGGGUGGCUUACGCCAUCCUCUUACUCCACGUUACAACCUACUCUAUCAAAGACAAACAUUCCAAUCUUCAACAGUACUGCCGCUACUAUCUCCACCAUUAAAGCUGUAAAACUGAGCACCCAAGAAAUUCCAACCGCUCGUUGCAGAGCGAGGAGAAGAUCAGUGAGAUACGAGGAUGAAGACGAGGAUGAUAGAAAAGAAGAAUAUGGACAUAAUCUGGAGAUUGCAAUGUUGGAAUUUUACAGCCAGUCAGCAAUAGGCGAAGCCCUUCUUGUGCAUGCGAUUGUAGAUGAACAGGAAGUGGAGGUGCUCAUCUUUAAGGGAUUCUCUUCAUGCCUUAGCUACGGGACUUCACCAGAUCCAUCAAGAAGUGUUCUUCCAGCAAGGGCAGUGAUAAAAUCCAUAGACAGAAUCAAAGGUCCUUUCAACCCCUCUAAUAUAGAGUAUCUAGAGAAGGACCUAACAUGGGAAGCCUUCAAGAGCCGUCUUUCUCCUAAAUGACAUUUUGGAAAGUAUUUUAAUUUCUAGCUUUCAGCAGAAAUUGACAUUUUGGAAGGAUUCACGUUUCCUAAAGCAUGAUGACUCCAGCCGAAAUUGAACUUAUCAUUUUCAUAA